ACCCUAAACCCUGGCGGAACCAUUUCCAUCGUGAUUAACUGAGAUAGCAAGAAUGAGAGGACUCAGUGGAACAAUAUCCGUCGCCAGAGCCUUAAGAGCCAAUUCCACCGCCGCUUCCACCUUCCUCCGACCGCCUCGAGCAGCUUCCUAUGCCGUCACAUAUUGGACCACAUCCAACCCUCAAAAUCUCGUUGAUCGCUCCAACCUAUCAACUCCCUCUGUUAUUCGCAGCGACGUCAUCGGAUUUAGGCAUUACGGUUCUGCCGCCGCCGCAUCUCCGGCGGAACAAGACCUCAAACCAAGAAUCUCAGAACAAAAUAGCUUCAAUCCAAAAGAAGUUGUUCUCUUUCAAUACGAAGCUUGUCCCUUCUGCAACAAGGUUAAAGCGUUUCUAGAUUAUCAUGGUAUUCAGUACAAAGUGGUAGAAGUAAAUCCUACGAACAAGAAAGAGAUUAAUUGGUCUCAUUACAAGAAGGUGCCUAUUGUCAUCGUUGAUGGUGAACAGUUGGUUGAUUCUUCAGACAUAAUUGAUAAGUUGGUCAAAAGGAUACAUCCAGAUUAUGACUUGAAUGCAGAUGAAGAGAAGAAGUGGCGCGAGUGGGUAGAUAAUCACUUGGUGCAUGUUUUGUCGCCAAACAUAUAUCGAACUGUUUCAGAAGCUCUUGAAUCAUUUGAUUAUAUCACUACUAAAGGCAAUUUCAGUUUAUAUGAGAGGUUAGUGGCUAAGUAUGGUGGGGCUGCUGCCAUGUAUUUCGUGUCGAAGAAAUUGAAGAAGAGACACAAUAUCACUGAUGAGCGUCAGGCUUUGUAUGGAGCUGCUGAACAGUGGGUUGAUGCUUUGAAGGGCCGAAAAUUUCUUGGUGAUUUGGAACCUAAUUUAGCCGAUCUUGCUGUCUUUGGUGUUCUAAGACCCAUUCGCCACCUCAAGUCAGGUCGAGAUAUGGUAGAGCACACAAGGAUUGGAAAUUGGUUUUCUGAGAUGGAAAAUGCAGUAGGACAGGCUUCCAGAAUGAGUGCAUAAGCAGAAUAUUUCUAAGCGAGUUUCAAUUUAUGGAUAAGGAAAUGCUUUAUGAGAAAACCACAUUAAAUAAGUUCGCUUCUACGAAGUUUGAUGAGUCUUUGUAAGCAAAACAUGUUUUGUUCUACUUAUUCAUUAUCGUGGUUGUAUUGGUGAUAUGUGAUCACAUACUGUUCUGUAAAAUCGAGGUAUAUAUAAUAUAACAACAAUAAAACCUUUAUUUUUCCAACAACAUGGUUGGAUACAUAAAAAGUGUAGGUAUAUAUUCCAUAAAAAAAA